CACGCACACACGCACAGUAGUCCCCACAUGGCAGCUGACGGCGGCGGUGGGAGGCAGUGGUUGCUCAGCUCACCGGCAGAUGUGGUUCACCAACAACUGCUCCUGCUCCGGCUUGUUGGCCAUGCUGGUGAUCAGCGAGCAGAGUGUGUGCAGUGCGCGGGCCUCCGUCAUGAUAUAUGAUGACGUCAAUAAAAAGUGGCUACCGUCAGGCACGUCAACAGGGCUCUCUAAGGUGCACAUCUACCAACACACGGUCAACAACACCUUCAGGGUGGUGGGCAGGAAACUCCAAGACCACGAGGUCGUAAUAAACUGUGCCAUCCUGAAGGGCCUCAAAUAUAACCAAGCAACAGUCACUUUUCACCAGUGGAGGGACAAUCGCCAAGUGUAUGGUCUAAAUUUCUCCAGCAAAGAUGAUGCUGACGCUUUUGCACACGCUAUGCUCAAAGCCCUGGAGGUGCUCAACAAUGGGGGAAGUGUACGGCAGGUGCCCCCACCUCCCCCACCUGCAGCCCCUACACAGCAGCAACCACAGCAGCAACAGCAGCAACAGCAGCCGCCACCAAUGAUGACCCAGCCACAGCAGCCUUCCCAGCCGCAGCACCACAACCAGCUCUACACCGAGGAGGACAUGGGGUACAGGUAUGCUGAUCCCCAUGCCUACAACAACCACUACGAGAAAACCUACGACAGGACCUACGACAACUAUCACCAUUACCAUGACACGCGGACAAUGACUCGGGAGGACAUAGCUGUGAUGCAGGAGCGACGUAUGACUGGUCAACCGAACAUGGGGGCUCCCCCACCACCGCCAGUACCUGCUGGCCAUCACCGUACUAAUUCAGCUCCCAAUCCCCCACCUGCAGCACCCCCAGCCCCUCCUGCACCUCCUUCCAGUGGCCCUCCCCCUCUUCCUGCAGGGGGUCCCCCUCCCUUGCCUUAUGGUGGACCUCCCCCUCUUCCUAGUGGACCCCCUGCACCUCCUGCACCUCCCAUUGGGGGCCCACCUGCCCCUCCAGCACCCCCAGUGAGUGGACCACCUCCCCCUCCAUUAGGUGGCCCUCCUCCUCCUCCAGCACCCCCUGCACCCCCCUUAUGUGGUGCUCCCCCACCUCCACCUCCUCCACCAGGUGGGUUUGCCAGAUCACAGCCCUCGUCAGAUGAACCUUCUGGCAACAGUGGGCUUGCUUCUGCAAUAGCAGGUGCCAAAUUACGCAAAACCCGUGCUCCCGAUAGUGAGAGUACAGGGUCAAGCAGCUCGGGAGGCAGUAUUGGUCGGGGAUCUGGUGAACGGCCAACUUUGGGAGGCAUGAUGAGCAUGAUGGAUGAAAUGGCUGCCACACUAGCACGACGUAGGGCCAACAAAAAAUUGGACCCACCUUCUUCACCAACACAGUCACAGGACCCACCUAGAUCAUCACAAAAAAGUCCUGGUAACACUUCUUCUUCCUCUAAUGGCAAGACUGGACCAGAAUCGCCCAAGCCACAACGUAAGAGAUUUGGCUCCACGUCAGAAGAUGGUGCCCCGAGAGUUAAUGGUAUUGGCGAGUCUUCUGGAGGAGGAGGAGCAUCUUUGGGAGACUUAGAGAGACUUAAAGAAGAAAUUAUGGAUGAAAUGAGGAAGGAGCUUGAUAAAGUUAAGCAGGAGAUCAUUGAUGCGGUGGGAGACAAGAUGGGUGGAGCUACUGCUGGGAGGAUGGGCCAGGUUGUGGCUCAUCCUCAGAAACUGCUGGCCUCUUGAAGCAGGCAUCUAAGCUGUCAAGAUGGAGCUUAACCGGAGAUAAGUGUGCUACACCUGUCAAAGAAAAGCAAAUUUAUAGGUCUUUGAGGGAAAUUGUGGCAUUCAAUAAAAAAAUCAAAUUGCAGGGCCUGCUUCAUGAUUUAGGGACCACUUAUAUUUCUUCUUGGCAGAGGAACUUAAUGAAUGGAAUUUUGGUACAACAAGAAACCUGGAGAAAUUGGUACCAUUUGACAAUGCUCAUACUAUAUGUAGGUGCAAACUUGUAAACAUUCAUAUCUACUAUUUCAUCAUUGUUCUUAUCAUCUUCAUUGUAAUUAUUAUUCAGACCAGAUGAUUUUUUAAUGUUACAUUUUUACUCUAUUAUUGGUGCAGAAUUGUAAAAUAAUCACACUUAAAAAUAAAAUACAAACAAAACUCCACAAAGUUCUAUGUGAUUUGAGGAACUUGUUGAAGCUACUGUGUGGAGAUGUUGCAGUGGUCAGUAAAGUACUGUAUAUGGAUUCUGGCUGUUGAUAAUAUAUAUAUCUGGUAUGAUGAUGUAGAACCCCGCACUGUGGUGGUUCAGUCAUCCACUAUGGCACAGGGGCAUUUUAGUCACAUGCCACACACGAAGCAAGGUGGCUCUGAUGCUUGCUGCCUUAAGAUGAAUAAUUAGUUAAUCAGGAACUAUUGACUGCAGAUCACUGUUUACCAAUAUUAUUUCAGUUAUCUGCUAAGGCCUUUUAAUUUUUUAGUUCGGGUUUAUAAAACAAAAAUCUUAACGACAAAAUGUGAAGUUUAUAAAAGUGAUGAAUGUACAGCUCAAGUGACUUGAUGUAGUGAAAGAUGUAGUGAUGACUAAGCCAUGCAAACAUACAGUACUCAAUUGUGUUACAUGUGCUGUCAGGCAGAUAAGCACUAUGAUGCCAACAACCCUCUGGGCAAUGGUGCACCUCCUGCUGCCCUCUCCAAUACCUGCAUGGAGUUGGUGCAUCAGCUGCAUUUUUGUAGGGAAAAUAAUUUAUUCAUAGUAUUGGCUUCUCAACUACUUUUGUACAGCCACACUCUUAACUCACGUGCUUUAAUAUGGAAUGUAUAUGACAGCCACACUGCCUAUCCCAAGGUCUCAAGUUUUGUACAAGCCCUGCCCCCCUUCGCACUCCUAACUCCCCUGUAUAUAUAUACCCCUCCCUGCCAGGGUCGGUAGGGCCCAUAGGAUCCACUACCAGGAACCUAAUGAGCCUUUGCAUUUAGUACAGUGUCGGGUUUCAUACUCUUGCUGGUGUUUUUUAUGCAUUAUCAUGGAAUUAUUACUAUGCCACAUUAGCAUAUAUUAUGAUUAUGAUGGUGAAAUUAUACAAUUUUUUUUGUAAAUAAGAUGUAGAUACAGUGGUGAAUGUUAGUUCUAGUGCUUCUGUGGUCUUUGCUCACCUAUGCUGCUGAACAGACUCUGGACUUGAGUUUUGAAUCGUGCUCUUAUAUAAUAAUUUUUAUAUACCAUUAUUAGGAGCAUUGUAAUAGAUGAUUGAUAAUUAACUUAUGAUAACAACAUGGUGAAUUCCCCCAUUAAGUCUUCACAGCUUGAACUUGUGAAAUAGAAGGGGGGGAUUUUAUGUAGCCAUGAACCUCCCGGGAGCACGCUUCACAAACGCAGUCCUGAAUAGUGCAGAUGUCUGUAUGUCUUGCCAGGCUGUCUCCAACCACGGAAUACCAGGGUUUGUUUGGUAUCUAGUCAAGACUCCGGAGAAGACUCGUGACACCCAUGUGUGUGUGUGUAUUUUUUUUUCCCUAAGGGUGACUCAAAAAAAAAAGUGACUAGCCAUGCUGUCGUGCUACAUUCUUAAUGAACCUGUGCUGCUUGGUGAGUAUAUGUGGCAUUAUUAGUGUCUUUCAGUCGUGUACCUUAUUUCAGGAAUUCUUAUUCUCUUGGUGUUGUUAAAUAGAAAGCAUGAACUUCUGAAGUAUUGUACAAAAGUUAACACUGACUUUGUGCUGAUGAUGCUACAUAUUUUAUUAUAUCGCUAUGUAUUAUCACUUGCAGUGCUUACAUUUUAUUUAACGAUAAUGUUGAAACAUGAUAAUAAGAAUAUCUUUAAUUUUAUGUAGAACUCUGAAAGGAAUACUGUAUUGUUUAAUAUCUUAUUAUUUAACAGUAGCUGGAAUCACAUUAUGCUCUUUGUUGUUUGAUCAGUCUUUGUCAGAGUGAAGUGAGAAAAUAUGCCAUAUUGUAUUGUACAUUAAAUAGAGCUUCUACCUUCUGAUUAUUUAAGACUUAGAUAAGGAAGCAAAGACAGGUUGCCAUAAUUUUAAUGGAGAGAACUACUAAUAGCCACAUAGUGGAUUAACAUAAAUAUUGCAUAAGAGGAAGACAGCCUGGCCGGGGGUUCUGACUGAAGAUGACCAUUCUAGGAGAGCCACAGUAGUGACCUCUACUAGAAGGAAGAUUCUUAGCCUGAGUCUGCAGAUGUGCAAGUCAGGAUUUGUUAUAAAACUAAGGAACAUAUGUGCUUUGAAAAAGAAAACAGUAUGGUUGUUUGAACUUUUUAGUUAAGAAUUGUUCACUAUGUGGAAGUCUUGCAUAUAUCAUCCAAAGGUCCCUUUUCAUCAUGAAAUGUACUGUAUUCAGGUUAAGGAGAAUUUGAAGACUCCAUCACACUGUUGGUUGAAUACAGUCACAAGGUUGCAGCAGUUAGUUGCCUGUGUGAGAGAAGUUUGGAUUGUACUCACCACCACUAGUCACCAGCCUUCAGGUGGAUUGAAAACUGAAAAAGGAAUUACUGUAUACUGAAAUUUAUUUCUUUGAAGUAUUUUUCUAUUUAAGGGUCCAUUCAAAUACUGAUUGUUUUUUGUUUUGUUUUUAUUCAGAUGAUGGUAUGUAGCAACUGCAGGUUUGAAUUGGCAUUAUUAUUAUCAGGAUUCUGACAUCUUCUCAGUAUAAAUUUAAACUAACCAAGAACUUAUAAAAGUUCAAUAAAACAUACAGAAAUGUGUUUAGAAUCAUUGCAGCUUUCAUCACUUUAAAAUAGAGUGCUGUUAAAUAGUUACUCAGGUGUGUCACGUUCCUACAUAUUUUUAUGUUACAAAAAACAUAUUAAGAGGUGAAAUUGGGAUAAUGAGAAGCCUUUAUUAGUUGUAAGCACAUGCCAGAAAGCUUUGCCUUGAGGAAAGGUAUAUACAGUGCAUGUACUGUAAUUUAUCUUAUUUUCCAUUCUGCUUCAUCAUGCUGUUAUUACAGUACAGCAGCAUCAAUAGACCUAUGUUUUGUUGACACAUCAUAUUAAUUAACUAAAAUGGUUUUUGCUUUAAUAGUUUAAAGGAAUAAUUAAAUAUAACUGAACUUUUUGGAGAUUCAUAUACUGCUCCCAGCUGAUGCACUUUAUGAUGAAACUGAGCUUCUUUAUCAGCUCAUUUACAUUGCAAGAUAGUACAGUAUAAUACUGUAAACCAUUUGUAGUACAGUGCAGUACAGUACUGUGUAACUACCAAUCUUUUGCUACAUACAUCAUGUUGUCUCACUCUACGGUACAUGAAGAUUACUCUUCAUACAUUUUCACUACUGAUUAGUUCACCUCCUCAGUUGUUGCCUACCCACAGUACUGCUCAAAAAUGGUGUUGGUGUAGCAAAGUAGCUUAGAGUAUAGAAAAAGAUUACUCUGCCUUACUUUAAAAAAUAAUAAUCCCCGGGCUGUGGUUUGGCUGUUAAACUAGUGAAAUAAUUGGCACUUAGCAUUAUGAAUACAAAAGAAGGUUGCCUCAGAAGGCAGGUCAAGUAAGAAUGAAAAAGAUGGGGAAGAAUUAAAAGAAACUAAGCGACGAUUGAAGGAUAUAUUAGUGUUUGAGAUUGAGACAGUGGUAUGUAGUCAAGGUUAUAUAAAAAAAUUCAAGGACAAAAAUAACACUUCUCCCAUUACAGUGCUUCCAUAGUUGACUAAAACCAGUCAACUCAAAAUGGAAGAUCGAGGUAGCCUGUACAAAAUAUUAUAAUACUGUAGUUGCUAUUCAGUCUUGCAUUGAACACUAAUGAGAAAAUAUCUACAAAGCAUUCACACAUUCAAGCCCCAGAUAUGCUUAUGAGUGGCAAGUUGUCAAUUAAAGCUUUAAAUAACGAGAAUAUAACUGAUGUAGUACUUACACCAUGAGGAAAAUUAUAUUAAAGAAAGGUAUUAUCAUUGUCUUAAUAUGUUUUUAUCAUUUUUAUGUGGUUCUACACACACACACACACACACACACACACACACUGUUGUUAUUACAGUUCGAUAUCUUAGUGUUAACUGCUGCCCAUACUACCAUCAUCUCUGUGACUACUACAUAUUAUCACUAUCACAUUCCAAUUCAUCCAUAGUUUAUUGUUUAUAUACCCUUUGGAAAUAACACAAAAUAGUAACCUUUUUAAGCAAACAGAACAACCUUGAUGUACACAAUCAACUGAGGACAUGUUUACCCACAGACAUUAAAUAAAAGUGUAUUAGAAAAUUCAGAUACUGUAUGUUGAAUGCUUGAAUUUUAAUUGCAAUUAAGUGUUGUAUACAGUGCAGGCAAUAAGUGAACUGCUUCACUUGUGUGAUAUUCUAACCAAUAUCCAGAAUUAGUCAGCUGAUAUUUUGAAUGUUGUUGUUGGAUCUGUGAUGUUCACCUUAAACAUGUAGUGGAGGAGUUUACAUGGUCAUCCUGCUCUAAAUGCAAGAAGGGUUUAUCAGAUUUAUUCUGAUAUUAUGAUUGUGGGAAACUUCAUGUGACAUCCUGGUGUGCACCUGUUACUUUUGUUUGUGACUAGUGACUAGACUGACUGAUAACACACACACACGCACACACACACACACACACCUUGUGAUUGUAAACUGCCAUAUGUACUAGUGUUAUGAAGCCUUUAAGGGGUAGUAGAAGAAAAUAGUAAACCAAAGUUGUUGUAACCCUCACUUGUUAAGAGCACAGGGUUUUACUUCUUUGAAGCAUAAUAUUCUGGCUCUUGAUGUGUGAGGACUAGUGUUAUUAUUACACAUGUAAUGGUCAUGGGAGAUAAAUCAUAUAAUGUAACUAAGGGUCACCCAUCUUCCUCUACCUUCAAGUUGUAACCAUUGCUUAUGAAUGGCAGUUGUACUGUAGGCCCAAUGUGGAACUGCCUUGUUAGAUGGUAUUUUAUCCUGCUGAUCCAUUUUUCUACUCUUUUAUCAACAUUAUGUUGCUUUUUCCUAGGAUAAAUUGUAUAUUAAAUGCAGAUUUGCCCAAUAUUUUA